AUGGCGGCUUCCAGUUGCAAGAGUGUGGCGCCUUUGCGGCAAAGUGAUUUCAGCAUAGAGCACAUCCUUACGCGAGCCGGCGAGCGGUACAGCAAAAGGCGCAAGCUAACGACAUCGCCGAAUUGUCGAACCUGUUGCACGAACAGUCCAGGAAGUGAUCGUAGUGACGAGGGCGACGCGGAUGAUGUUGGCCGGAUGCGUGAUGAAACCGGUGCGGAGGCGGACGAAGAACUCGAUGAAGAGAUUGACGUUGGACAAACGGUACGGUCGGAGUCGGGAUUUUUACCGACGGCACCCGGUUGCAGUAUGCCCACGUUCGAUUGGCUGUACUACACCCGUUAUCAUCCACCAAAGUUGCCACGUCCUCAGAAGUCGGGUCCCGUUAAGCGAACGCCGGGACGUUUACCGCGUGUACCAUUCACUCCGGCCCAGCUUAGCGCACUGGAGGACGCUUACAAAGUGUCUACCUACCUAAGUUCCGAGGAAGCAAAUCAGCUCGCGUACAGCCUUGAAUUGACCAACACACGGGUGAAAAUUUGGUUCCAAAAUCGGCGUGCCAGGGACCGCCGUGAGAAGCGCGAAGCAUCACUUGCGACCGGUGCCGGCACCUACCCGGAUUCUUCUCCUCUCAGUUUGGUACCAUUUGGCGCUGGUACUUCAUCAACGAUUAUGCAGGCCAGUGUUUCACAGCGCGGCAAUUCUCGUACUGGAAGUCAUCCGUCGUCUCCUUCCAGCGUUGAAGCACCCGGUAGUCGACAGAGCAGAAGUCCCACCACCGACCGAAGCUACUAG